AUGACAGCACAUGUUGCACACUCCUACUCCACAGCACUCCUACUCCACAGCACUCCUACUCCACCUACUCCACAGCACUCCUACUCCACAGCACUCCUCUCCAUUAUCCCUCCACAGCACUCCUACUCCACCUACUCCACAGCACUCCUACUCCACAGCACUCCUACUCCACAGCACUCCUACUCCACAGCACUCCUACUCCACAGCACUCCUACUCCACCUACUCCACAGCACUCCUACUCCACAGCACUCCUCUCCAUUAUCCCUCCACAGCACUCCUACUCCACCUACUCCACAGCACUCCUACUCCACAGCACUCCUACUCCACAGCACUCCUACUCCACAGCACUCCUACUCCACCUACUCCACCGCACUCCUACUCCACCUACUCCACAGCACUCCUACUCCACCUACUCCACAGCACUCCUACUCCACAGCACUCCUACUCCACAGCACUCCUACUCCACAGCACUCCUACUCCACCUACUCCACAGCACUCCUACUCCACCGCACUCCUACUCCACAGCACUCCUACUCCACAGCACUCCUACUCCACAGCACUGCUACUCCACCUACUCCACAGCACUCCUACUCCACCGCACUCCUACUCCACAGCACUCCUACUCCACAGCACUCCUACUCCACCUACUCCACAGCACUGCUACUCCACCUACUCCACAGCACUCCUACUCCACCGCACUCCUACUCCACAGCACUCCUACUCCACAGCACUCCUACUCCACCGCACUCCUACUCCACCGCACUCCUACUCCACCAACUCCACAGCACUCCUACUCCACCUACUCCACAGCACUCCUACUCCACCUACUCCACCUACUCCACAGCACUCCUACUCCACAGCACUCCUACUCCACAGCACUCCUACUCCACCGCACACGCUCUCCCUCCUCCAUCUCAUUUACUGUUCCGCUGUUUUCUUCAUUCACCUUAUGA